UUAAAGUUCCGGGUGUGUGAGCAAGCGACGCGAUUGAACGAACGCGCUCAGCAGGAGUGUGUCAGAAACAUCGGCUGUAUAAUUAAGGAUUUCCAGGGGUCGAGCACACGGUGGUGAUGUUUACGCCGUGAGACAGCUGAACGAUGGAGACCGAGGAAACGUCCCCGUUUCGGGUCGCCUCAACUGUGAGAGCGCUGCGGUUCGCCCUGCGGAGGGACGCGGAGAACGGAGGCGACGCCGAGCGCGCUGACAGCGGGGAGAGGAGCGCCAAUGAGCGCGACAAGCUCUGGUUCAAAGAGAGCAGCGCCAAAAACCUGAGAAACCGAGACUUCUUGGCGCCCAACACGGUUCUGGCCACACUGUACGCGCACGGACAGGUUCCUCCAGCGGUUCUGAGUCGGAUCCUCACUCUCCGGGGAAAUGGUGUGUUGCCGGUAGCAGGUUGUGAGGUGACAGCGGAGGGACUGCGUGUUUCUGUGGACCACUGUGCAGCUUUCAGAGGGGUUCUGUGUGGAAUGGCUGCGUACCUGAGGCCUGCGGCUCAGAGACAGGGAUGUGUCCUGAUUAACUGCCCUGCACUACAUGCCAAACAAGCUCCUCCCUCUCCAGACAGUCUCACACUGGGGCAGCUCCGCACCAUUCUCAUCGCUGACCACAUAGGAGCCCUGCUCAGGAGACAAGGGUACUCUGUGUCCUUCUGUCCUGGCUUACCUGAGGAGAGUGAUAUCAUCAACUACCUCAGAACGCUAGGCAUUGAUUGGCCGGCUGUGUCUGUUAGCUGGACCAACGAGGACAGAGAGGAGAAGAUAAGGAACAUCCUUGAGAACUGUACCUACAGAGAGCGAGAGAAGGAGAGAGGAAAGAGGGGGAGCAAAGGGGAGGAGAUGGAGCGAGGGGAUGGAGGGAUGACAGAUGAGGUUAGGAUAAACCUUAAGCGAGUCAUGGAGGAGGUUGAGCUGCACGGUUAUGACCCCAGUCUGGGCACCUGUACAGUGCAGAGAGAAGCAUUGUGUCAUCUGGCUCAGUUGGACAGAGCUAUAGAAGAUUUUCCUGUGUCGAUGGCAACAGUCCUGCAUGUCACAUCCUGUCAGGAUGAGUUCCGCCAGCAGCAGACAGCCAUGCUGUGGAGAGCGGCUGGCACCACGGCAACACAGAGGCUGGUAAUAUGUGGUCCAGUGAAGACUCCUGGCUGUCAGAUGAGUUCAGCUCAAUAUCUACAGUUAAGAAGAGCUCAGAUGAAGGAUGCUUCGGAAAUGAAGUAUGGAGAUCAAGUAGAAGGGCAGACUUGGGAGGACAUCAUUAGGGUCAUGACCUGUGCCACAGUUCGGUUUGAGCUGCUUUCUACUGUACACACAAGCCCAGUCACUCUUGAUGUGCAGCGUGAAGGGGUUGUAUCCACAAAGGGCCCCAGGGGAGGAGUGUUUGUUAUGUACAACUGUGCUAGACUUCACACUUUGUUCAGCAGCUACGAGAAGGGAGUAGAGCAAGGUCUCUACCCAGAAGUCCCUGCAGGCACAGAGUUGGACUUUUCUGCUCUGAAAGAGGAGGGAGAGUGGCUUCUUCUCUUCAAUUACCUCAUUCCAUUCUCCGAGCUUCUGGACCAAUCAGCACAGGCACUGGAGCUUGAGGGAGGAGGAGCCAGAGUUAAUUUAAGAACUGAACAGGUCUGCAGAUUCCUGGUGUCUCUCAGUAAAGACUUCAGUUCUUACUACAACAGAGUUCAUGUGCUUGGGGAGCCGUUACCUCAUCUUUUUAAUCAGAUGUUUUGCCGGUUAUUGUUGCUGAAGGCUUUGAGAGAGCUUUACCACAACGCACUGGACUCCCUAAAUCUGCCCCCAAUUCCUCAGCUAUAGCACUGAAUUACCCCGGAUAUUGAUUAUGCAACUCUAUUACACAAUUCUGAAAUGCUCUAAAAAGAGCCCCAUUAUUUCACAACUGCAUCUUUUAAACAUCCAAGGAAAAAGAAUUAGGAUAUAGGAAUAUCUCCUACAUACAGAGACCAAAAGAUGUUCUACGUUAAUAUCCUAUCCUCAGACAUCACAGAACUUCUCAUUUCCUACAGUGUUUUCAGUCAUUCUGAAAUAUACCUUAUCCUCUUUCCCCUUUAUAUCAAUGUAUCUUGCUCUCUAGAAGAUAUGAUGCUAGUGACUGUCUCCCUUUACUCUCAUAACUUUGAUACCUUUCAUAAUGCUUGACUUUUUCUUAUUUAUUAGCCCCAUAACUUAAUUUUGGGGUUAAUAGCACCAGUCACUUCUGUUGUACCAGUUGGCCCCUUUGCUUCUCUAUCAGACCCAUUGCUGUUAUACCUGUUAUAAAUAUUAUGCCCUUUCAUUACAAUCAUUCUUCUGCAACAAUAUUCUACCCCAAAACUAUUACCUGUAUUGGCUUACUUUUCAAUAGUAAAAGUCACUCUUCUAUUUUAUCUAUUGUUCAGCUGUGAUGGCCCUAUCCUUGUUCAUAUGGUCCUUUUAGAGCAACUUUCAGUUUCACAGACACUGCCCCUAUAUCUUGACUGUCUGUAGAUCCUGCGCUGCUUCCCUAUAGCAUGUGUGAGAACCACCCACACUCAGAUACUGUUCAGCAAUUGCAGUUUUUCAUUACAGAAUCUCAGCCAAUCUGUACUAUUUGGAAUAAAUAGCAGCAGUUACCGCAGGGACCAUCUCUGUUUCAUAGAUGCGUCAGUCUUGUCUUAUAAAGUCAGUCUGUAGAUAUCAGUGUCGCAGCUAGACACCCUGCCAGGUUUUGAGUGAUUGAUGUCACCUUGUUUGUCCAAGUACUUGAGGACAUUCUCCAAGAACACUUCCCUGUUUGAACCUCCAUCAAAAAUACUUGUUUCAGAUGUAGCUUGACUCCUUAUUUAUUGUAUUUAAAGUCCCAGGGAACUGUGCAAAAUGUAAAAAUUGUUAAUGUAAUAACUACAGUUGAGUGUUAUUUUAAAUGUCUGCCAGUUUAAAUAAAAAACAACAACAAAUAUAAUCAAACAGCUUAAAAAUCAAUAAUCAGACCUAUUUGAGAACUGUCUGUACAUAGUCUUUAUGUUGUGAUGAAAACCUGUAAUUCACACCCCUCUGUCCAGCACUGCCAUCCUGCUGUGCCACUGAAACAGCUAGUAGGAAGAGUGAAAGAGGCUCUAUGUAUGCAGGUGGUGUUGUAGACUAUCCCCGCUGUGUCUGUGAUUCACUAAGCACAUUAUACAGGAACCGUUUAAAAACGUUAAAGGUUCUUAUUCACUUCACUGCUGGAUAUGUAUCUGGGAAUGCUGGCGUGGCCGUUGAACUAAAAGAUGAAUGAAUGCACUGUUGGGUGUCAGGCAAACAGUUUAGCUCAGUUAUGCUUAGUAGUUUAGUUUUCGCUUUGUUGUUAGCUUUCACUCUAAGUUUCUGCUACUCAAACACAGAGAGACCAUACGGGGACGCAGUUUUGUUAAACCACACCAGCCUUAUGAUUGGUGAGGAUACUGCUUUAGUGUGCAUGACCCAAGAUUGACCCUCAGUUUACAUUGAUAGAGGAAAAUUUUAGGAAUUUUGGAAUGUCAUUCACAGGACAUUCUUUGUAUAUGUAAACACAGAUUUAGGUUCCCUGAGGCUUUAACACUUCCUGUUUCAUAGAUAUUGUACAUAGUGUGGAGUUUUCUCUUGAACUCCUUGUACAGUCAUUUUCAUCUCUGUACCACAGUACCAUUACCACUGUAUGCUACUGUAGAUGCACAAAGCUGUAAAACAAGUGCCAUAAAGUUAAGAGUUAAUGCAGUCUCAGUGCUCUUAAUGUGCCAAGAGUGCUGCCCCAAGACCUUGCUGAGUACAUCUGUGCCAUACACUGACUGUUCUUAACAUUGUGUGUGUGUGUGUGUGUGUGUGUGUGUGUGUGUGUGAGCAGAUAUGAGAGUUAAGUGUGAAGUUACUCCUUGACUCCUCUGAGAUUUUGUCAGUGAGUUCAAUUGCUGUAUUUUGAGAAAAAAGUUCAGCCCACUCUGUUUUAAUGAAUAAAUGAGUCUCCAUCUCAGACUGGGAA